AUCCUGGGCAAGGCGUACGCCGUCCUGAGCGACGCGGAGCAGCGGGCCGUGUACGAUGAGCAGGGCACGGUGGACGAGGAGGGCGAGGCGCUGAGGGGCGAGCGGGACUGGCAGGAGUACUGGCGGCUGCUCUUCAAGAAGAUCACGGUAAAAGAUAUCGAAGACUUCGAAAAGAGCUAUAAAGAUUCAGAAGAAGAGCUAGCUGAUAUUAAAGCAGCGUACAUGGACUUUGAGGGUGACAUGGACAGAAUAAUGGAGUCUGUGUUGUGUGUGGACUAUACAGAUGAACCAAGAAUACGGAAAAUCAUAGAAAAAGCCAUUGACUCUGGAGAAGUCCCAUCCUACAAAGGCUUUGUAAAAGAGUCUAAGCAGAAAAUGAUCGCAAGGAAAAGGCGGGCAGAAAAAGAAGCCAGAGAGGCAGAAAAGACUAAAGAUGAACUGGGCCUUGGUGGAGAAGAUGACUUGAAAGCGCUGAUUCAAAGCAGAAAUAAAGAUCGGAAAAAGGAAAUGGAUGACUUUUUGGCCCAACUGGAAGCAAAAUACGGGAAUAAUGCUAAAAAAGGAGGAAAGAAGACUGCAGCCAAGAAAGGAAAGAAAUAA